GGGGGGGAUGAAAUCAAAUACCUUGUUAGUGAGAAAAACCCAGAGAAAUCUAGCAGCUCUUGUGUCUAAUGUCUAAAGCCCGUCCAAGACGGUAUCGUCACCGCAUGGUUGAACUGGGAAUGGUAUCACCGCCGCUUCUUCUCCUCCUCCUCCUCCUUUCCCUUCUCCCUGGCGGGGCACCCGACCUCGCCGGGGAUGCGGCGGCACUACUUGCCCUUCGCGCCGCAGUGGGCCGCUCCGUUCUUCGAUGGAACGCCAGCGCCUCGCCGUGCUCGUGGCGCGGUGUGAGCUGCUCCGAUAACCGCGUCUCCGUGCUGCGCCUCCCCGGCUCUGGCCUCCUCGGCGCGAUACCGGCUGGCACCUUAACGAACCUCACCGCUCUUCGCGUUCUCAGCCUCCGAUUCAAUGGACUUUCCGGCGCCCUACCGUCGGACAUCGGCUCUUUGCGAAAUCUCAACAGUAUCAUCCUCCGAAACAACCGGUUCUCCGGCGAGCUCCCCAACUCCCUCUUCUCCCUCUCUGGACUCGUCCGGCUCGACCUCUCCGAGAACAACUUUUCCGGCGGGAUCUCGCCGGGGUUUAACAAUUUCACUGGCAUCCGGACCUUGCUUCUCCAGAACAACAGCUUCUCCGGUGAGAUGCCGGAGAUGAGCUUCUCAAGAUUGAAAAGCUUCAACAUCUCAUAUAACAAUCUCACUGGAUCGAUCCCUCGGGGAAUGAGAUCCCAACAGGCGAGCUCGUUUCUGGGGAUGUCCCUGUGCGGCGGGCCUCUUCGUUCGUGCCAAAACGAAACCUCUCCAACUCCAUCGCCAUCACCACCGCCAUCGCCACCGCCACCGCCACCGCCAGCAUCAUCGCCAUCGCCGCCGACUGCAAAUCGGACAACUGGGGGAAGCAGCAGCAGCAGCAAUCUCUCCGGUGGCGCGAUCGCGGGGAUCGCGGUGGGAUCAGCGGCGGGGGUACUCCUCCUCUUGGCUUUGCUCAUUGUUUUUUGCAAUCGACGCCGCCGUCCGAGCAGCGAGCCCCCUGUCAGCGUUGCAGCGGCCACAGCGGCGAGACCGGCCACAUCAGCGCCGGCUGUGGCGAAGAAUCCUGCCCCAGCUCCGGCGGCGGCUGCGGCGGUGGAGAAGAGACUGGUAUUUGUUGGGGGUCAGGAGAUGGGAUUCGAUCUGGAGGAUUUGCUGAGGGCUUCGGCGGAGGUUCUCGGGAAGGGGCCAAUUGGGACUACGUACAAGGCGGUGCUGGAGAAGGGGGAGGUGGUGGCUGUGAAGAGACUGAGGGAUGUGGGAGUAGAUGAGAAGGAGUUCAGGGAGAGUAUGGAAGCCAUUGGUGAGCUUGAUCACGAGAAUGUGGUGAAGCUGAGAGCUUAUUAUUACAGCCGAGAUGAGAAACUUCUUGUUUAUGAGUUCAUGCCCUUGGGUAGCCUCUCUUCUUUCUUGCAAGGAAACAAAAGUUCAAGCCAGGCACCUCUCAAUUGGUCUGAAAGAUGCAGCAUUGCCCUCUCGGCUGCCCGUGGAAUUGAAUACAUCCACUCCAAAGGCUCCAAAAGUUCUCAUGGGGGCAUUAAGUCCUCCAACAUCCUUCUCGGCAGAGAUAAUGAAGCCCAGCUUUCAGACAAUGGCCUUGCUCAGCUAAUUACCCCUACUGAAAACCUGAUCAGUGGCUACACUGCUCCAGAAGUCACUGAUACUUUAAGGAUCACACAAAAGUCAGAUGUAUACAGUUUUGGUGUGCUUCUCUUGGAGUUAAUAUCUGGUAAGGCGCCUUUGCAGGAGGUGCACAAAAGCAAGGGUGGCGCCGAUCUGCCAGGGUGGGUCCAGACUGUGGCUCCUGAGAAUUGGAGAGAUGUGUUUGAUCCUGAGCUGCUAAAGUAUCAGGAUGUGGAAGAGGAGAUAGUGCAAUUGUUACAAUUGGGUGUUGAGUGUGCUUCUCAGUAUCAGCAUCAGAGGCCUUUAAUGUCUGAAGUUGUGGCUCGGAUUGAGGCUAUUCAUGGAUCAAAAACUCUCUUGUCAGAGCAGCAGCAGGAGGACUCUGUUGAUCCUUGAGAGAGGUGUGUUUUUACAUUUCAUUUUCUAAUGUUUAAACGCUUGUAUCUAGUUUUUAUUUUUUUAUUUUUUUUUAUGGUUCUAUGAUUUAUCCUGUUGUUGAUGAAUGAUGUAUACUUCAUACAGUGAUCAUUUUAAAGUCACAAAA